UUCCAAGACAACCAGGGGCCUCCAAGCAGUGGCAGGAUCUCUGCCCUCUAGACAUAGCGCUGGCACCCUUUGAUCCCCAGCUCUAUGGCCAUGCAAGGGUGCAGACUGCCUAGACACGACCACCUACAGCCUGUGCCAUGAAGCUGACCAGGGCACAGGUGGCUCCUGCUGUCGAUGCGAGGGAGAUGGUGUCCCCGGCUGUGGAUCUGGUGCUGGGUGCCUCAGCCUGCUGCCUGGCCUGUGUAUUCACCAAUCCCCUGGAAGUGGUAAAGACCCGUCUACAACUGCAAGGGGAACUGCAGGCCCCAGGCACCUACCCACGGCCCUACCGGGGCUUUGUGUCUUCUGUUGCAGCUGUUGCCCGGGCUGAUGGGCUGUGGGGCCUGCAGAAGGGGCUGGCUGCUGGCCUUCUCUACCAGGGCCUCAUGAAUGGUGUCCGUUUCUACUGCUAUAGCCUGGCAUGCCAGGCUGGCCUCACCCAGCAACCAGGUGGCACUGUGGUGGCAGGUGCCGUGGCUGGGGCGUUGGGAGCCUUUGUGGGGAGUCCUGCUUACCUGGUGAAGACGCAGCUGCAGGCCCAGACGGUGGCUGCCGUGGCGGUGGGCCAUCAGCACCAGCAUCAGGGUGUCCUGAGUGCCCUGGAGACCAUCUGGCGCCAACAAGGCAUGCUGGGGCUAUGGCGGGGUGUGGGUGGGGCUGUGCCCCGAGUCACAGUGGGUUCAGCUGCCCAGCUGGCCACCUUUACCUCUGCCAAGGCAUGGGUACAGGAUCGACAGUGGGUGUUGGAGGACAGCUGGCUGGUGACCCUGGCUGGAGGCAUGAUCAGCAGUAUAGCCGUGGUUGCAGUGAUGACCCCUCUCGACGUCGUCAGCACUCGGCUGUACAAUCAGCCGGUGGACAGAGCUGGCAGGGGCCAGCUGUACAGGGGCCUCGUUGAUUGCCUGGUGAAGAUCUGUCAACAGGAGGGACCCCUGGCACUCUACAAGGGCCUAGGCCCUGCCUACCUGCGUUUGGGUCCCCACACCAUCCUUAGCAUGUUCUUCUGGGAUGAACUUCGGAAACUGGCCACAAGGGCCCAGCACCAGGGCACCUAGACUCAUCCCUCAUCCCACCGCCAAGCCUGGCAUUGGGUGGAUGUGAUGGCCUGCUUCAGUAAGACUGGCUACCCAGAGCAACCUUCAGUCAGGCCUUGCCACAAGUCAGGGGGAAGGGGCAAGGAAUGGUGGACAACUGGGAUCCACUGAGCCCCAGGACUGGUGUGCCCCGAGUUGCCACCCCUUGCAUCCUUUCUCUCCCCUGGGUUACCAUGCCUUAGCUCAUGGCCACAGUAGUGCCUGCGUGUAAAGAUUCCCAUUAGGAGAGCCACGGAGCUGCACUGGCUCCUUAGUCCCCCACCCACUGUGUGGCCACACAAGCCUCUCUCAGCAUAAGGAAAUUGAGACUGAGGGGAGCCAUCUCUCUGGCUGGAGCUACAUACAUUUGCCGUGAUGGAGCCAGGACUGGAGUUUAACUCUGCCUUCCUCCAGACAAUGCUCUCAGCAAGGAUGCUGCUACAUCAGUACUAUUGGACUUCGUGUCUCUCAGAGGCCACUGCAUGUGAGGAGACCCAUGAUUGUGCCACAAGGGAGUCCUUGGUGUCCCUAGAGUCUAGUUGGCCAAGGCCAGUUAUCAAACCAAGUUCUGAAGCCUCUAUGGCUUAACAAAACAAACAAAAAAAACCUGUUUUCCUACCUUCUAAAGCUGGAGGCUCAAGAAGGUAUUGGCAGUGUUAGCGUCUCUCUUUGCUUUUAUUUCAGUUUUCUGUGGUGCUGUGGUAGAGCCAGGGCCUAGGCUUGUUAGUCAUGUGAUCUGCCAGUGGUCUACACCCCCAGCCCAAGGCUGACUUCUCCUUGACUUUAAAGUGAGCCGCUUCCUUGAGUCUUCUCUGAAUCGGAGACAAGUCAGCUUUCCUCAGGCUGGGGACAUACAUCAGUCAGCAGACUGUCCACCACUGCUCACGGGGGACAUAGGUCAGUCAGCAGACUG